ACACAUUGCCAUGGCUGAACCAAAAGUUCGCAACAGAAAUGUUUGUAUCGUUGUUCUAGGAGAUAUUGGACAUAGUCCCCGCAUGGAGUAUCAUGCAUGCAGCUUUUUAGAACAUAAUUAUACCGUAGAUUUAAUAGGGUACGUGGAAAGUAAGCCGUUGGAGCAAUUAACAUCUGCACUUCCCAGAUGCAAAAUACACGAAUUGUCUGCCGUUCCCGUCACAAAUUUAACGCCAACAUUGAAGUUAAUAUUCAAAACCGUCUGGCAAACGUUGAGUCUAAUGAUUGCUCUCGCAUCAAUCAGGAGGCCAAGCUCCCUUUUAUUGCAAAACCCCCCCGGUAUACCUGCUUUGGCAGUAUGUUACUUGUAUUGCCUCAUAACACGGACAAAGUUUAUAAUCGAUUGGCAUAAUUAUACGUAUACGAUAUUGGCCCUAGGAAUGGCUGGUGGAGAGAAAAACAGAUUUUGUCGAGUAGCCAGGUGGAUAGAGCGAAAAUUCGGUUCCAAGGCUGAUGCAAACUUUUGUGUUACAAAAGCCAUGAUGGAAGAUCUAACAACAAAUUGGAAGAUAAGAAAUGUGAACGUUCUAUACGAUAGACCUCCACUGCAGUUUCAUCCAAUUGAACUGACAAAGAAACAUGAGCUUUUUAUGAAAUUGUCCAAGGAGUAUCCACAAUUUCUGCCAAGUUGCUACGAUGAUUUGAAGGAGUCCGGUGUUGUGGAAUGCACAGCUCUAACACAGAAGCUAAGCAACGGCACUGUGCUUUACAAACCAAAUCGAAUGGCUAUAUUGGUAUCAUCAACUAGUUGGACACCAGAUGAAGAUUUCGGCAUAUUAUUAGAAGCUUUAAAAGUUUACGAAAAGGAAGCCAAUACAAAACCGCAAAACUUUCCCUUUCUACUGUGCAUCAUAACCGGGAAGGGACCACAAAAAGAGGAAUAUCAAAAGAAAAUUGAACAGCUUAAAUUCUCUCGCGUUGAAAUUAUUACACCUUGGCUAGACACGGAAGACUAUCCUACACUAUUGGCAUCAGCUGAUCUCGGGGUGUGCCUGCACUGGAGUUCUAGCGGUUUAGACUUACCAAUGAAAGUCGUCGACAUGUUCGGCUGCGGACUGCCUGUUUGUGCGUUCGAUUUCAAGUGCCUACACGAGUUAGUCAGACCUGGACAAAAUGGCUUUAUAUUUCAAAGCCAACAGGAGCUCGCUGACCAGUUGCUUUUUUGGUUCGAAAACUUUCCCAGUAAUCCAAGCCUAGUAGAGUCCAAGGAGAUAUUCAAAAAGAAUUUGCUGUCAUUCCAAAACCUAAGAUGGCACGACAAUUGGACCAACGUUGCUCUGCCCAUAUUCAACUCUUUCAUUUGA